CUAGACCUCGAGCUGGAUCCGGGGUCAGCCAAAACCUGACACUGUCAAACUCCAGCUGCCACCAUCCUCUCAUCCAUGGAUCCCAUAUCCAAUACCAAACCUAAUCCGACCAUUGUCUUCGUACCUGGCGCGUGGCAUACGCCUGCUCCGUACAAGGACAUGCUCGAGCUUUUACAAAAUGCCGGAUAUCCCAUCCAAAGUGUCAGUCUACCCAGCGUGAAUGGAAAAUAUACUGAACGUCAGACCCUCGCUGCGGAUGUUGAGGCUGUUCGUGAGACUUUACUCCGGGUAGUCGACCAGGGUAAGGAGGUCGUGCUUCUGAUGCAUUCGUAUGGGGGAUGUGCCGGCGGUGCUGCUGCGAAGGGACUCAGUCCGGUGCAGCGGACAGGCCCGGGCGCAGUGAUAGGGCUGGUCUUUCUUGCGGCAUUCCUGGUGCAGGAGGGUCACUCGCUGGUGCAGACAGCGGGAGGGAAGUUGGAUACUUGGGUAGUAGAGAGGGGCGAUGGUCAGCUGGAUGUACAGGAUACAAUCGAGGUCUUCUACCACGAUGCUCCCGCAGACAAAGCAUCCCAGGCAGCAUCGGAAAUUCAGCUUCAUUCCCUCGAGUCUUUUACUACACCCUGCCCGCCAACUGCUUGGAAUGAUGCCGCAUUUGAUCAUCGCCGUGGCUAUAUCAUGACGAGACAGGAUCGUGCUUUGCCCUACAUUGGACAGGACAUGAUGUUGAAGUUGAGUGGAGUGGAAUGGGUUUUGAGGGAAAUGGAAACUGGCCAUAGUCCCUUUUUGAGCAAUCCCGAGGAACUGGUGGAUCACAUUCUCAGCAUAAUACGUUCUUUCUAGAUUCAGGAAUGAGGUAUUUAAUCUCGAGGUGGUUGAUUUAGGCCGAAGAGAUGGUCACAUUGCCCGACGCAUAAGGCGAAAUGAAGUAGUCGAUGCUAUCCAGUGUGACAGACAGACCUGUCGAUACCAGUUGAGCAGUCUCAGAGCUAAAGGUUGCCAGCGACCACCGUGCGGAGUAGGCCCACGCGAGUCGAGGAAAACCCAUCUUGAACAGCGACAACCACUAAACUAAUUAC